UUAAUGAAUAAAGAAGCGCAAAUGUUCCCUUUGUGCUUCCGUACCGUUAACUAUAUCAAUAAUCUAUAUAACUAAAUUAUAGAUCAUUGGUAAAUACUUUCCACCUGGUAUCCAAGGUAAACAAUAACAAUCGAAUGUGGAUAAAGAGGGCGGUUUAAAUUCAGUUGGAAAUGGAACAGUUCAGAAAAGAAUGGUGCAAAAGAAGGGGAAGUGUAGAAUUAGAACCGGAAACACAAUUAGAGCAAUAAAUACUAAAUAUAUAAGACGAUACAGGAAGGAUGCAUGUAUUGUUAGAAGGGACACAACAUUGAAGUCAAAGAAGCAUACAGAUGUCUCCGAUGAUGUGCCUGACUGGGCAUAUAUACCUGACGAAGAUGUCAUCUAUUCCUUAAACAAGGAUCGCAGAUGGCUGCUGCCGGAGUUGCUGCAAGAAGCUGUAGUCAGAGAAGGCGUGCAGCCUAAUGAUGAAGGAGAAACAUUUGGUCCCGACAGUUUCGAGCUAGUAGAGCGGGACAAAAUAAUCAGAAAUAACAACUGCGGUGGUAUUUACGCAUAUCACACCAACACAACUAAGGGCAAGACAGUAUGCAAUAAAACAAUUAAAUUGUUCAAGAACGGUUAUAUUGAUGCAGACAAUAUUUUGAAAACCCCGGCAAUACACUCUAAGAAUACUAGGAGAUUAUAUUUUCUCAGAGAUUAUAAUGAAUUGGGCGAUUUUACAGACGAACCUGUAACUGACACAGAUGGAAGUCCUGACGAAGGGGAAAACGCGCACCGUAGUGAGGAGAAUGAAAAUAAUAUUAGACAAAACCCUGCGGUUAGAUAUGAGGUUUUCUAUCCGUGCGAACCGACAAACGUUCUGACACUUAAGCCAAAACGUAUCGGAAACAAUACAAAAAAGUAUUUUAAGUGCCAAAACUAUAUUCGUAGACCAUGGACACUAGAGGGGUAUCAGUUUCGAAGUAGACUAGGGAAAGAGAAAAGGGACCAUAUAUAUAACGAGAUCAGAGAUGGGUUGGAAGAUUUCCGUUCGGAACAAGAUGAUGAUGUUGAGUACAGCCUAGCAUAUGUCUGGCUUGAUGAAAAUAACUAUGCAUCCGAAGGAACCGAAAGAGAUAUAUGCGAGUUACAUGAGAAGAACGUUUCCGUGUCCCAGACUAAAACAGAAGCUCCUAUUGACAGUCCGGCUGAAGGAUCUGCACAACAUGUAUGUUCUGAAACAGAGAAAGAAACUGAAAAAGAAGGUAAAAUCGCUGUGGACAAAAGCAUUUUAGAGAAUAAAAAUGUUUUACCGUCAGACACCCUUGUACGACGUGAAACUGAAGAGGACUUAUAUAUCUAUCCUAGAGAAAUUACAAAGCAACCGGUAUGUGUUCUUCUUCGGAAAGUGGAACUUGAUGUACAUGCUUUAGAACGUCAUCACGGAGACGACUAUUUAGAAUGCAAUUGUAUUCCAAGGAGAUUUGUGAUAAGCAUUUCAAAAUAUAUAAACGACCUUGAUCUGGACGGUAUAGGAUCAGCAUACAAACUCCUCCGAAUCAUGAGUAAAAGAAUGUUCGCAUGGCUAGUAUUUGUGCAUGACCCGGUAAAUAAGCUUAACAGUUUAACUGAGGACGCUUAUAAUGUUAGCCUUAAUGCAAAUUUCAAUGAAAAUAUAACUAAUGUUACAAUAGAAGGGCUUGUUGAAGGAUCUGUUGUUACUGUUACAGAUAUAAUAGGUCACACACUGAAUUAUCUGAAAAAUUUACCGAGAGAAUCUAUGAUUUUUGAAGCAAAAUUACAUGCCAGCAAAAAUGUUCAAGUUGUUCAUGCUAGGAGCCUUCUUGAAGAAAUGAAGAAUUGGUCAGCUUGCACGUAUUUUCCUGAUAAUACCUACAUAAUCCAGCAUUUGAUUCAGUCAACGUCUCCUUCUGUGAACCUGUCAACUUUACAACUUGAAGAUAAAAAAGCAAAGAAUACACCCUGUACAAUCUGUUACAGCAAAACCAGGAUGACAUCGGCGCUACUUUCAUGCACUCAUUUCUUUUGUAAUAGAUGCUGGGAAGCUUCCCUUCACGCGAGGAUUGACGUAGGUUCGGAUGUAAUAUUCUGUCCAGGAUAUCGCUGCGGAGGCAAAGUUGAUACCGGUUUGAUGAUAUCAUUCCUAAAUGUUAAAGAAAUUCUGAAAAUUGCAAGACAACGUCAGAACACAGACGUUGAGAAGAACCGAUUAGCAAAGUGGUGUUCCAAUGAGUCGUGCGGGCGAGUCGUAAUAGUAAACAAACGAGGUGCGAAAAUCACACGAUGCUCUUGUGGGGAAUCAAUGUGCUUCAAAUGUUCAGGAAGACCACACUGGCCAUUAUCAUGCAAGAACUAUUUGGAGUAUAUUCGCAUUUUGAUAGAAACCCAUGACAAAAAUAUCAUUCCACACGAAUUCAUUAUCAAAUUUGACGGUAGAUAUUGCCGUAUAUGCUUUAAAAUCGCAUUGCGAUACGAUAAAUGUUUCGUCAAACACUGCCCUUGUGAGGGCGAUUUAUGUCUACGGUGUUCUUUCAUUUGGCAUACAAGAGACAUGACCAUUUAUCAUCCUGAAGAUAACCAGAAUGUCGUAAGUUUGAAAUCCGAUGAAACUGAGGCUCCCGGUUUGUCUACUCGAAGUAAGGAUAACAUUUUUUCUGAAGGAAGAAGAACUAAAUGGUAUAAACUUGCAAUGAAACACCGCAUUCAGCAACACCCUUACAGGCUCGCAAAGAUGCAAGCAAAUUCUAAACUACUGGCUAACCGUAUAAGUCACUACAUUUUGCGUGAGGAGAAGAAAGGCCACUAUGUGUAUCUUGAAUUCAUGCCCAGCGACAGCUCUUAUCUACGUGAGUCUGAACGUGUAACUCAGUUCAUGGCACGUAUUGUAGACAUGUACAAAGAAAUAUGCAGCAUUAUUGAAAAUGUGGCUUUCUUCCUGAACGACGAUAACCAUUCAAAUGGGUUUAAUGAAUCGUUACAUCGGAAGGCGAUGAUAUUGUCAACUUGUACGAAAACAAUUUACGACUUACUCAAAGAUGGAGCGUUUCUGAAUCCCAAAGUCGUGACUGAGCGAUUAAAUGAUACUUGUGCUGAAGUGAGAAGAGUAAUGGAGAGCAUUGUGAUAGAAUUAUAGUUGGAACUCGAGCUAUGUAAACAAAAGAACUAGUAUCGGGUGGUUUUCCUUCUGUCAAAUAUAAUUGAACUUAGAAUUGUGGAUUUAAGAGCGUCGGAUAAGUUUGGUUAUUGUAACUUAGAUGUCGCUGAUGCAUUUUUUCAGGAACCAGAUAUAGGCUUUUGAAACUUUU